UUCUUCUUUCGCUCUGUAACAAACUGCGCUCUCGCCAUCUCUCUCUAUAUAUACACACACACAUAAAUACAGAGAGAGAUAGAGAGAGAGAGAGAGAGAGCGCUGCCAUGGCAUCUAGGGUUUGUGUUGGUUUUUUGGUGUUGGUUUCAUCGAUUUUGUUGUUGUUGUUGUUGUUGAGUGUAUCGGUCUAUGCAGACGAAGGAGAGCAUGAGCAUGUGUUGACGCUGGAUCACUCCAACUUUUCUGAUACUGUGACCAAGCACGACUUCAUCGUCGUCGAAUUCUACGCUCCUUGGUGUGGACACUGCAAGAAGCUUGCUCCUGAGUAUGAAAAGGCUGCUUUGGUUUUGAGUAGACAUGAUCCUCCAGUGAUACUGGCUAAAGUUGAUGCAAGUGAUGAACCAAACAGAGAACUUGCCAAAAAAUUUGAGAUUCAGGGCUUCCCCACUAUUAAGAUCUUAAGAAAUGGAGGAAAGAGCGCUCAAGAAUAUAAUGGCCCUCGUGAAGCUGAUGGUAUAGUAGCUUACUUGAAGAAACAGGCUGGUCCUGCUUCUGCUGAAAUAAAAUCUGCAGAAGAUGUUAGCAGUCUUAUUGAUGAAACAAGAAUUUUUGUGGUUGGAGUGUUUCCCAAAUUUUCGGGAGAAGAGUUUGAAAAGUUCAAAGUUCUAGCUGAGAAGUUGCGUUCUGACUAUGAUUUUGGUCACACUUCAAAUGCCAAACUCCUUCCACACGGUGGAUCAGUUAAUGGGCCGACUAUUAGGUUACUUAAGCCUUUUGAUGAACUCUUCAUUGAUUUCCAGGAUUUUGAUGUGGAUGCUCUGGAGAAGUUUAUUGUAGAAGCUAGUGUGCCUAUUGUGACUGUUUACGACAAAGACCCAAGCAACCAUCCAUUUGUUAAUACAUUCUUCAACACUCCAAAUGCUAAGGCAAUGCUGUUUCUCAACUUCAGCGAAGAGCAUCUUGAUGCUUUCAAGUCAAAAUACAAGGAUGUUGCCACCGCCUACAAAGGAAAGGGCAUAAGCUUUCUAUUGGGUGACAGUGAGGCCAGUCAAAAUGUAUUUCAGUAUUUUGGACUGAAAGAAGAUCAGACACCUCUCAUCUUUAUACAGAAGAAAAGUGGCCAGAAAUAUCUUAAGACAAACUUGAAACCCGGUCAUAUUGCAACUUGGUUGAAGGAGUACAUGGAUGGUAGCUUGAAGCCAUUUGUAAGAUCAGAGCCAAUUCCUGAUGUUAAUAAUGAACCUGUUAAGGUGGUCGUUGCUGACAGCCUCCAGGACGUGGUCUUCAACUCUGGAAAGAAUGUUAUGCUAGAGUUCUAUGCACCAUGGUGUGGACACUGCAAGAAACUGGCCCCAACAUUGGAUGAAGUUGCUGUGUCAUUUGAAAAUGAUCCAGAUGUCAUCAUAGCAAAGCUGGAUGCAACUGCAAAUGAUUUGCCAACUGAAGCCUUUGAUGUUCAAGGUUUCCCUACUAUAUACUUUAGAUCUGCUAGCGGUAACUUAUUGAAGUAUGAUGGCGGCAGAACAAAGGAGGAUAUUAUUGAAUUUAUUCAAAAUAAUCGGGAUAAAAGUACCCAACCAAGUCCAGUAGAAUCAUCUCCAGUGAAGAAAGACGAGCUAUGAAGAAGGUUGCAGAUUACUAACUAGCAUUGCGGGUUUCAGUUAACAAUGUCAGCGUGCCCUAGAAUCUGUGUUAUGAAUUUUGCUUCAAUAGAAAUAAAAAUGAAACUAAUACUGUUUCAUGCUGUUCCAGUUUCAGUACUCUUUGGUCAGUGGUGUUGUUCAGAGCUGCAAACUGGAUUGCAUGCCCUAGAAUCUUGUUUCAUUGUCGUUUAAAGCCUCGUUUGGGAACAUGUUUUUUUAGUAAUUUUUUA